GUCCAAUUCGGCUCCCAGUACCUUUAUCCGACCAAAUCUUGACCGGACGGGUCCGUGUGGCGAAUGUAUUCAUGAUGCGCGCGCGGCGGUUUCAUACGAGCCCGAAUUGCAAAAGAGGAAUGAGUGGCUGUGAAAAGGCUCUGGCUCCCCUACAGAUGGACGGCCUCUACAGUGCCAUAGCGAGCGCUGCAGCGGGAGCCAGUGACCUCGCGAGCAGCGCUGCGACAGCUGCGUCGCAGACAGCAGCGCAAGCAACCGCUAGCACUCCUACAGCCAUGGAGAGCAUCAUUCAGACUGGAGCAGCUUCCGCAGCCGCAACGUUAUUUGGCAGCACGGAUGCGGUUACGCCUCCCAAAACCCUCGCGCUCGGCUCAGCAUGGCGCGACGCGUUGUGCCCGGCGCACAGAGAACGCACAGAUCUACCCGGCGGCGCGCGGUCCGAAGGGCUCGCGAUGGUCGUCGCGGCGUGCGCUCGAAUUGAGUCCACGUCUGCGCCAAGGCGCGCCGCGCUGCAGCGACUCGUCCGUUUGGCAGCGUCUGAAUAAAAACAGCUCGCACGCGCUCUCAAUCAAUAAUUCACAGGUCGCACCUCUGGCCGGUUGGCGCCGCCCGAGCGGCGCGCUGGGCGCCUCGCUGGCCUCCAAGGCGAGAGACCUCAAGCCUGGCGACGGCUUCGUCGCGCCGGUCGCGGCGGGCUACUGCGCAGCCCGCCGCAAGUCGGACGGCUCCUACGACGUCGCAGUGAGUGGCGUCGGCGCCGAAGCGCUCGCGUGGCACGAAUACCGCGUGGGCCAAGACGGGGCGGUCGAGCGGGCCGCGCUGGCCGUAGUCGAGAACUGCGACGCCGAGCGGAUCGUUUCUCCGGCGGCCUGGGCCAACCUCGCGGCCGCACCUGCCGGCGCGAAACGCGGCCAGAGCGAUAACGUCGCUGCGGCGAGGGCGUGCUACGCCGCGGCUUUACCGUUCUUCGCAUCAAGCCGGCGGCCUACCCACGGCGGCGGCUUCGCGCCGGUGCUGGCUCCGGCGCGCCAGGAACGAGCCAACAAGGCCGCCGUGAAGCAAGCUUCCCCUCCAAACACCGUCGACGCCGCGGCGGCCGCGCUCCAGAAUGCUGCGGCCGGCGCGCUGUCGUCGGCCGGCGCCGCGGGCGCCCUACUCCAGGCGCAGUUCGGCGGCUCUACUAGCGCAGACAAAGAGGACGACGACGCCGUCGCGGACGACGACGACGAUGAUGAUGAGGACAGCUCCGGCGCCGCGGCGUUGUUAGCCGCGAUGCGCUUCGCGUUGGAGGCGAAGAGCGAGGCAGAAGCCUUCGCCGCAGUCGUCGAGACGCGCGUGACCAUCGCUCGCUGGGGUCUGGCUGAGGCCCAGAAGGAAAAUAUGGACGACCGCGCCCUGAAAAGAGCCCUGCACGCGGCGUCGCGGGGCCUCGCAGCGUUCGCGACGUCCGAAGCCCUCGCCGACGAAGUUUUGGCGAGCGUUGAGAAGGCGUCCGUCGCGUUGAGGGACGCGGCCGACCCACCACCAGCGCUAGCCGCUGUUACCGGAGACGCGCCCGUGCCCACGGCCUUCCCGCUCUUCGACAAAUUCAACGAAAUCGUGGACGAGGACGCGCUCGCCGGCGGUGCCGCGGCCGUGUCCAUUGUGCGGCCGGCGGAUUUAGGCGCACCAUCGCCCGCCAAGACCGUGCGCGAAGUCUUGACGUGCUUGCGAGCCGUGGUCGAUGCCGGCACUUUAUUAGCCAACGACCGCAACGACGAGAAGGGCCGCUGGCUGCGAAUCAGUCUCGUCGAGCACGCGGCGUUCCGGUGCCUGCCCGCCCCAGCUCCCGUCGACGUGCCGCACGAGGCCUGCGCGUGGGCGAGCGGCGACGCCACAGACGCUGAUAGGGUGGAGGUUUUGCGCCUGGCGGGCCUCGUGGCGCGGCAGUACGCCUCGGCGUGCCUCUCUCCCCGGGCGGCGCCGACGAGAGAAGGUGACGCGAAUAGAGUGUGCUGCGCUGGUGCUAUGUUGUGCCUCAUCGACGCCGCAGCACGGAUGUCUACAAUCGAAAGCGGCAGUGGGCAGGACGACGCGUUCUGCCGACGGUAUGCUGGCAAGGCGGAUCGGCCUUCGGCGGGCUACGCCGCGGGGGCCGCAAGCGCGGGCGGCGUCCUCGAGGCGAUCACGGCGACGUCUCUGCUAUUGGACCCGGCGGCCUGCGCGGCGCGAGCGGCAUCGUUAGACUACCUGAGGUCGCUCAAGGCCAAGCCGCAGAUCUUCGCCUGGAGCGAGGCCGAGCCGCUCUCGGCCCUCGGCGCGACUGAUAAGCUUCUCGUCGGAGAGGUGGCGCAUGAACUAGGCUUCGCCGCGGACGACGAAGUAUUGGCCGCGUACCUCGCGGGCACGGAGACGGAAAUCGUCGACGCGGCGCCGGCGCUGGAGGCAUUCCGCGACGCCCACCUGGCGUGGAGACUGAUGCUUGCGCCGCACCUGGGCGACGCCGUCAAGCCCCCGUCGAAGAAGAAACUGUGGCGGCCGGCGCAGCUCGGCCAAGUUUGGACUGCGAAGAAGGUAUAGGGCCUGUGUAGAAAACCAACCAAUGGCUCAUUAAUUUUUUGGGACGAUGUGUCGCUUCGAUGGCGUGUGGCGCCUGAAAUUAUUUGAUUUCCACACAGGGUGCGCUCUCGGUGAAGCUGAGAAACGGCCAGGACGUCGAUCCCGCGCACCUGUCGCCGUCGGCGGGCUUCUUCGGUUCGGCGGCCAACAUGUUCCGCAGGAAGCCCUCGGAGCUCGAGGCGCCGCCGUCCGCGGCCAAUCCGUCCGUACUAUGUGGGGAGCAAAUCGAGACGGAGACGGACGUGCUCUACGUGCAAAAGAUGCCGACGUUCGACGGCUCGCUGGGCGCCGCGGACGCGGAGCUCGUCUGUAGUUACUUGACGGCGCCGUAUCUACGAAUUCCUCUGCUCCUGCAGUUCUUCUCGGCGCCGGCGCGCUUCGCGGCACUAGGGUGCAUCGAGAUGCAAAGAGUUUUAGAUGCGGCGUUAUUCGAGCCGGGCGCCUACGCGUCGCCUGACCCCGCCGACGCCUGGUUCGCGCCGGCACCGGAGAAGCGCCACAACGCCCCGUCGACGGCGCCGGCGCCCAAGGAGAAGCUAUCGACGACGCUCGGUCUCCUCGUGAACGAGCUCCACCGGUCGCCGGACAUGUUGGUUGCCGCUGCAAAGGGCUUCCGGACGCGAAUUAGCGAGCUCGACCCGGGGACGUCUCGAGGCGUCGCCGAGGGCGGCCACGCGGCGGCCAUUCUCUACGCGCUGCGUUUACUGAGCCGCCUGGACGGCUACGCUGCCCUCGUACAGGACAAGGAAACGCGCGUCCGCGGCUCGCGCGUACCUGAGGUGAGCGCCGCCGGCGUGGCCGAGCUCCGCGGCGUGCUAGGUGGGAUCCUGCGCGACGACGCGCCGCCCAUGUUAGAUAGGUGGCUCCGGCGUUCGGCCGCGGAGUCUCGGGACUCAUUAGCCGAGUCCUGCGCCGUGCGCGCGGUCUUGGCCUGCAUCGCGCGGCCGCCGUGCCUCGAGGACGAUGCGCGAUGCGCCUCCGUUGUCGGCGCGCAAUUGUUCCUCUCUCAAAAUUGGAAUUUUGCGCCGCCGUCCAAAAACCCGAAGAAGAAGACGGUCGUGAAGGAGCGGGCUUCACUAGGGACGACGCACAGCGAGCUCUUCGGCUGCUUCGCGACGCUCCGGCCCUUUGUCCUCGCGCUCGCGCGCGACGGCAAGGCCGACGCCUGCUUCGAGGACGCCGUCGCGGCGUUGACUAAUGUGAAGCCGCCCGCCGAGGCCCGAAAGUGGGUCGAGCUCGAAGGUGCGCACAAGGGCUGGGCCACAACGAAGCGGUGCGCCGGCCGGUUCACGCCCAAGCUCCCGCCGCCGAGCGAGGCCAAGGCCGACGACGCCAAGCUCAGCUACGCGGCAUGGCUCGCCGGGUGCAUUGAUGGCCUGGCGGCCGCGAGCGACGUCGAGAUCAACCUCAUGACUUGUGAGUUCGUGGUGCGCUCGAGGAAGCUGAAGAUCCUCGAGGACGACUUCACGGCGCGGUCCGACUUCGCCGAGUGCUUUGGCGCCGAGGCGUCGCGCGAGGUCCAGUGCGCCGAAAUUCAAACCUCGGAAAUGCGGAAACUCCGUCGGUGCGUGGGCUUGAGAUGUGACGUCGCGCUGUGGGCCGCGCCGCCGCCGAUCUCCAAGUCCGAGCGCGCCUCACUCAUGGCGUCGACGUCGGGCGCCGCCGGAUUACUUAGUUCGUCGUGGGUGUCCGCCGCGCUCAAACGCGACGGCUCGGGCGCGUCCUGGGGACGCGUGUUGCAAGAAGACGCGGGCACCGCCGUCGUGUCUGGGCGCAUUGAUAGUCGGGAGUGCCGCGGUCUAGUACUGAGGGAGCCUUUGUCGGUGCAAGUCUUUGCUCGAUGCGUUCACGGUCGUAGAGAGGGCUGGACGUCGGUCUUCGCGAGCGACGCCGAGGUGUCAUUAGAUGACGGUCUUCCCAUCUCGGACGACGUCGAUGGUGACGACGACGAGGAAGACGAGGACCCUUCCGCUCCGCCAGUUGUCGCCGAGGCUGGUGAGCUCGACCGGCGCUCGGGCUUUGCUGGCUUGACUGGGCCGUCUCUCGUUGUCACGCGGUCGACUCCUGAGGGCGUCGAGCGGCUGGCGCCGUCCUAUGCGCUACGCGGUCUGUUGCCCGCGGCGCUGUUAGCAUCGCACCGCUUCUGGUACCGCGCGAAGACGGGAGCUGCCGAAAGUGUGGUCCUCGAGGGCGCGGCGCGCCAGAAUGGUCCAUCGAUUACUGUAAGCAUCGAUGCCAACGGCGCGGCGACCGUCAAACGAGGCGAUCUGCGGCUCGUUGAUUUGCGCGCGGGCAAACCAGGCUCGCCGACGGCCGCGCUCGCCUGCCGGCUGAUAAAGCUCGACUCCCUCGCGCACGUGCUCGCCUGGGCCGACGGCUCCGGUACUAUCACGCGCAUCGAGCUGCCUCGACUGGAGCUGUCCUUCGACGCGAGCGGGCCGCAGCGCUGGGCAAGCAGCGACUUCCACGGCUACGAUCUGACACUCGACGCCACUCCGACGCAAGUCGCGAAGCUCGCGGCGCCCCUGCCUGGCGUGGCGCUCGCGGCCGAGUCGGCGUUCGAGCGGUCCGAGUUCGUCAUUGUGUCGUCGGCGCUCGCGAAACCAGGUCUCAACGGCGGGCGCCUCGUCGCCGAAAGGAACGAUGCGAAGUGGCUCUCACGAGUCGCGGGUGGAAAAGUCCACGCGUACCCGGUACACCUAUCGCAGUCAUGGGUCACGUCGCCCUCGCUCGCGGCCACGUUAGCUCUGGUCGGCUGGCGCGCCGCGCGGGGCCUCGACUCGUUAGCCGGCGCCUGCGAGGCCUGUCCAGCGAUGGCGUCCGACGCCGCGCUCCUGCCCGACGAGGCCCAGUGGAUUGGCGCGCUCGAGGACGUUUUGGCCGACGACCGCACGGUCGACGCGGAUGUACUGAGAUUAAGAGUAGCCCUCGCCACGAGGGCUUCGCACUCUGACGCCGCUGCCCUGUCGUUCACGCCGACGCGCCGCGCUAACGCGUCGCUGACGCGCGCCUGGCGCUCGUACGCGCUGCGGACCUCCGCCGCGGACGCGAGACUCGUAUUGUCGCCUGGCGAAGAGGCGUCCGUUGCAGCGUUUUGUGACGUUGUCACGGAUGCUGUUCUCGUAAAUCGUGCGGCCUUAGCAAACGCCGCCGCGUUGGGCACGGCCGUCUCGUCGUGGCGCUUAGAUCUCUGGCCCCUGAAGGCGUCGCCGGCGACCGUGGACACGUUCUACGAUUUCCCGCUCGACGUGACCGCUCUGUCGCAGCCACGCGGCCCGAAGGACAAGCCGACGGUCAUCAGAGACUGGUCAACGGAAGCUCUAGGCGUCGCCGACGGCCACCACUGGCUCGCGGACUUAGGCCCAUCAGUACCAGGCGCCGGUAACGCGCCGGUGUCCAUCGCGUUCGUGCUGAAACGCUUCGCGGCGAAGGCUCCGUGCGUGAAGAUCAAGGGCGACUUCAUACUCCUACUCGAGUUAUUAAUCGGCCACCGAGGCGCUGAUGGCUGCGAGCCGCGUCAUCUGGCGCUACUUUUACUGGCCAACUCGGACUAUCUCAUCCCAACCGAUAAGGGUCUGUUGUCGAUCCUCCAGCUGUUGGCACGAAACCCUGAAAAAGCAGCGGCCCUCGGGAAGACGCUACCCACCUACGAGAUGGCGCUCCAGGAGGCCGUGGCGACGCGGGAACAGGGCAAGGGCUUCUUCGGAAAAUUAUCGGGUGCCGCACGUACGGCUAUGAAGCAGGGCCAGGCCGUCGCUGAAGGGACGAAACAGUCCAAAAGAGACGCCCCCGAUGUCGUCGCCGCGGCGAACGCUCUAGUGCUACAACGAGUCCACGACUUCCUCAAAGCCAAUGUGACGGCUCCGCCUCCGCUGCCGCCGCGCGCGGCCGACACGGCUGCGCCGUUCCGCGCGCCGACGACUAUCACCGCCCGGGCGGCGCCCGCGGCGGCGACGUCGGCCGACCGGCAAAAGUUCGCCUUCGGCGACGGCUUCGCGGACGUGCUCAACGAGGUCGCCGUCGGUCAGGCCCUCAAGGACUCGCACGUCGCCGACGUCAAGGCGCCGACCUACGUCGCCAAGCCGGCGCCCUUCGACCUGGCGCGGCCCGACUUGACCUCGAAGCUCACCGCGCGCAAGACGCUUGAGCGCCUCGCGCGAGACAUCAAGUACGCGGCCGACGAACGAGCCGCGACGAAGACGAAGCCGACGCUGCCGUCGCUCGACGCCGCGUCCACGCGGCAGCUCGUCAACGACCUGUCCGCGGCGGCCGCGGCCGAUGUCAAGGAGGUCACGACGGCGAUUCAAAGCGUCGAGGCGCUCGCCAAUGCCGGCGAGCGGCGCGAUGCCGUGCGGCGGUCGCUGGCGCGAACGGCGCCGUCCAUCGACUUCGCUCGCUGCGCGCGGGCGUUGCUAUCGACGAGCGGCGAGGCGGACCUGUCCUCAUUUAAUGCCUCGUGCGACUCGCCGGCGGUGCUCGACGCCACAGCGAGCUGCGCCGUACUCUUUGGACGGCUCGUCGCGAGACGCUUUGCAGCCGCCAAGGCCUCGGCGCUGGCCAAGGCCGUCGAGCGCGGCGCGCCGCCGUCGGAGAUCGCGCUCGCGGCCGAGGCCUGUGUCGCAGCGCUCGUAUCUAAGCGCGUGACUCUAGAGCGGUCGCCAUCCGCGGUUUCAGUCGACCCGCGCUACUUGGUCUUCGAGCUUACGGCGUCGGUCGUGCUGCGCGACCAACAAUUAGAGCUCGUGCGGACGUUCCGACAGGCCCUCACCGACAAGAGCGGCCUCGUGCACCAAAUGGUAAUGGGCGCCGGCAAGACUACAGUAGUUGCUCCCUUGCUCGCGCUUUGCUUAGCCAACGGCGAUUCGUUAGUUACGGCAGUGGCGCCGCGCGCCUUGGUGGAGAUGACGCGCGACGUCUACCGGUCGACAUUUAGCUCUCCGGUGUGUCUGAAGCCGGUGUUUACGUUCUCUUUCGCGCGCACGUCGACCGUCGACGACGCGCUGGUGCGGCGGCUCCGCUUUUGUCGCGACGCGGGAGGAGUUGUGGUUGCCGCGCCCUCGGACGUCAAGGCUUUUGUUUUAAAGUUCGCCGAACUCAACCACGAGACCUACCUCGCGGCGAAGAAGCAGACCGUCGCCGGAAAAGAAAAGAAGUCCAUCGUGGGCCAAAUCUCGGGCGCGCUCACGGGCGCCGAAGGUAAGCGGGCCAAGCGCCUCGCGCUCCAGGCUCAAGCCAGGGAGGUCGAGGCCAAGCGCUUCGUCGAGGCUUAUGGCGUGCUAAGGAAGGGGUGUGCUUUACUAGACGAGGUUGAUAUGUUAUUGCAUCCGCUGAAGAGCGAGCUGAAUUGGCCGCUAGGAGGAGAAGAACCCUUAGAUAUGACGACGUCCUCUCCAGGUUGUCAGAUAAGUACGACCGGUGCGCGUUGGCGCCUUCCGUGGUUCCUCAUCGACGCGUGCCUGCGAGCUUCCGGCGCGCCGGCCGGCGUCAUUGAUGCUGAUGACGACGACGCCGCGGCGCGCACGCGUCUAGAAGCCGCGGUCCAGAAGGGCUCGGCGGCCAAGGCCCUCCAGCGGACGCCUCAUUUAGUAGUGGUUGAUAGGCACUUCUACGCUUCUGAGAUGCUCGAGCCGUUGACGGCUCUGGCGGCCGCAUUUCUGCGGACCGAAGGAGUGGUGGGCUCGUCGCUCUCAGCCCAGGACGCGGCGUCUUACGUAUCGGCCUCGCCCUCGCCGCAAGCGUGCUCCGCGGUCGGGCGCCUGGGCGACAUCGAGUGCAAGUAUCUGAACCUCGCGCAGCAGUGGCUCCAGACCUAUUUGCCGUGGGUUUUGUCGAAGGUCAACCGCGUCUCGUACGGUACGCUAGCGCCCGAGGAGCUCCGGGCUCGCGAGUCGCGCGGCCGGAAGCUGCUCGCCGUACCCUUCAUCGGCAAGGACGUGCCCUCCGAAGCGUCCGAGUACUCGCAACCAGAGGUAGCGAUCGGUCUAACGAUCCUCGCACUCCGCCACGAAGGCAUGCGACGCGACGCGGUUGCGGCGAUGCUGCGCGGUCUGCGGGACGACUUUGCUCAGCAGCACGGCGUUUCGUCGAAACGGCCGGCCGCGCUCGCGUACAAAGAAUUAGUAGAGUCGGCGGGCGGCCGCGUCCGCGGAGACGUCAACUCGCUGUCGCGCCGCGACAGCGACGCCAGCCCGGCGUCGCCGCUCCUCGCGGAACCUAUAAAUGACGACGAGCGCGACAUCUGGCAGCGGCUCUGGCCGCUGAACUCUCUCGACGUGAGAGACCCGGCUCAAGUGGAUGCACUCGCUCGCCUCCUGCACAAGGCCCCGCGGGCCGCGUUCCGUUAUUUAGACCAGCACGCGUUCCCGACGGCUCUCGUGGUCCGCGCGUCGAAGCUGUCGGCGUCGGGACAAGCGCUCGGAGGGUCGCUGUUAUUCGAGAAGCGACUCGGCUUUAGCGGGACGCCAAACGAUUUGUUACCGGAAGAGCUCGGCGAAGCGGCGUUCGCCGCGGGUGACGACGCGCGAAUUUUGGAGACGCUGACCGAUCCGACGGUGGCCGAGGUGUGGCCGCUCGACGACAACUGGUCUCCCAAUUCGUUUCUCGAGCAGGUGGCCAAAUCUGGUGCACAUGCAUUGAUCGACGCCGGCGCGCUGAUCACGGGUCUAAAUAACCUGGGGGUCGCGACGGAGCUCCUCAAGCUGCUGCCCGAGACGUACCAGGCCGUCGUCUACCUCGACGGCGCGGGCAAGAAGAUGGUCCUGAAGCGAGGCGUGGACCGCCCCUUACCGUUGGCAUCGGCUGGCGUCGACAUGGCCCGGCGCUUUACUUUCUAUGACCAGGCCCACUGCACGGGGAUGGACAUCAAACAGACGUCCGUGUGCGUCGCUAUAGUGUCCGUCUCGAAGGAUAUGUCAUUUCGGGACCUCGCCCAGGCGGCAUAUCGAAUGAGAGGCGUCGGUCGCGGACAAACGCUCCGCUACGCGUUGAUUCCGGAGGUCCGCGCCCAGAUCAAGACGGCGGGCAGCGAACUAGCGUUGGGCGACAUCGCCGCUUAUCUCUACGCCCAAGGAUUCAGUACGGAGAUCGCCCAGGGCCGACUGCUCACCAUACAGACGUGCAACUCGGUGUGGCGCAAGCAGGCCUUUGCGAAACUUCUGGCCGAGGCCGGCUCGCCGCCGGACCCGGCCUGCGUCGAGAUCUUCUCCGAGGCGGUCGACACGUCGGUGCCGAAUUCGUUGGAGGGUCCGCCGGACCAGCUUGACGAAUUAAAGAGGCUGGUCGAGUCGCGGCGCCCGCGCUGGCUCCAGGACGAGCGGUCCGCCCAAGUCGUGGCUUUAUCCAUCGCCCGAGCCGAGGCCGACGGCGGCGGCGGCGCCGACGACGCUGCGGCCGCGCUCGAAGACGAGAAAGAGGAAGAAGCGGAGCAAGAACAAGAGCAGGAACAAGAGCAGGAGCAGGAGCAAGAGCAGGAGCAAGAGCAGGAACAGGAGGUCGAGGAACCGCUACCUGGAGAUUACGACCGCGAUCAUGAGGGGGAGACGCCCUGGGAGGUCUCGCUCCUCGACGCUCCGGCCUGGAAAGGCGGCGUUUUUCGACCCUGGACGGAAGUCCGCCCCGUCGCCGCGACCCGCAAGAAGGGCGUCGUCGACGCGCCCGGCGGCCUACCAAAGGACUUGUAUCUUACCGCGAAUUACCUGCCUCCCACGACAACACGCCGCCGCAUCAAGAACAUUGUGGUGGUCUUGGAAUGUGAUGGUGGUGCUGCGGCUGGCGUCUGCGCGCCGUCGCCGGCCGACAAGGCCUCAGUAGACAGAGCUUUAGUCGAGGCUGACGGGGACGAGAAGGACCUGGCACGUAUCUUAGACGUCGACGCCUCCGUGCUCGCGGGCGGUGACAAGACGACGCUGCGCCAGCGCGCCGAGCGGGCUGUGGCCUGCUCUUCUGCGGAGAGCCGCCGUUUCGUUGUCGUCUCAUUGGCCGAGGCCGAGGCGCUGCGGGCGCUGUGCCACUCGGGCGGCGGCGCGGCUUUACGCCUGCGGGGACUUUCGGCCACGAACGCCGCCUUCGACGGAGAUUCCUCCGUGGAAGCGAGCAUUCUGGGCACGACGACUACUAUUACCACGGUCGACGGCCAGUUGGACCGGCGCACCGCGCGCGUCCUAUCUUUUUGCGACGUUGACCUCGACCCGUCCCAUGGCGCGGUGGAGCAGCUGCGGAGAUGUCUCGGCAAUGAGGAGAAGGCCGCCGUCGCCACGCGCUGUGAUUGGUGGGAGGCGCUCCGCGGGUGCAAGCGCCGGUCGAGACGCGCCUGGGUCUCCACGCCACUCGCUCCAUUGUUCGGCAAGGCGACGUCCACGGAAGCGGGCGAUCGCGGCGACGACGCGCGCGCUACCCUGGUUCGUUGCGCCGCGGAGCUCGACCGCCGGUCGAUGUCUCCCGCCGACUGUUUCGAAGCGUUCGACGCCGACGGCGACGGCAUUUUAACUCGAGGGGAGUUGGCCGUCGGGCUUCGCUGGCUUCUAUCUCGCGCCAGGCCCGCGACCUGUCUGGCGGUGGCCGUGUUCAUGGACGCCGACGAGGACGGCAUGAUCAGUAGGGACGAGUUCGUCAAGGCCUUCGACGCGAAGGAUCCGGCACCGACGGCGCCGCCAGCCGCCGCGGUGUCCGCUCAGGACGUGCUCAAGUGUUGCUCGUUCUCCAUUGAUAGUAUUACGACGAAAGCGGUCGCGUUGUGGGACGCCCGCGGCUGCCUCGCGAACGCGCGCGGCUCGCGGUCCGAAGCGAGCAUCUGGACCGCGGAUCUGGCCGACCCGCACUGGAAGCGGGGCAUGUUGGGGACGGCGACGCUGAGCGUGCCUCUCGGGGUGUUUGGUCACGGCUCGCGCAAGAACCCGACCAACGCGAAACUAUUGACGAUCUCGGCGCGCCGCUUCAAGAGAGUGGAUGUCACUGCUGUCCGGGACCGCUGGCUCCCGACGGCCGUCGCGUUCCGUCGGCUUUGGGAGAUCACGACGGGUCGUACUUCUUUAUACGUGUGGACUCCGGUCGCGCCCGAGGGUUUCACAGCUAUCGGCCUCGGCGUCUCUACGACUCCAGAGCCACCCGCUCUAGAUUCGGUCCGUUGCCUGCCUCAAGCGUGGGUAGUGCCCGCGACGGCCAAGCCGCGGCUCCUGUUCGACAAUGUUGGCAUGCAGAGCCGCAAACCGGGAGGCCUCUGGCGCAUCGGGUCCAUGGGCCUGCUCGCGUUAGGCCGCGACCGCGACCCGCCGGAGCUCGCGCUGGACCUCAACCCGGCGUUCACGUCCAUCGCGCCGGACGCGGCCGCGCCGCCGCUCCCGCGCAACAUGCCUGUCGCCUACGCGCACGCGGCGCCGGCGUCGGCGGCGGGAACUCUGCCGGUCGCCACCGCGUUCUGAAGGACGUCUCCCCCUCCCCCUCUCCGUCUGAAGCCAAGAGUAAGACGUGGUCGUGUUGAUUUACUUCGUCCGGGCCAAAAAAACGGGUUUUGCCCCCUCAAUUUGCGCUCUAGCGCUCUCAUAGCCCCUCAGCCCCCCCUACACAGCACGCCAGGAAUCGCGCGCAGGAGGUCUGGGCCCGGUAGCGCACCGGAACUCAUACAAAGCAAGAGGGGUUUUGCCAGUGGUUUUUUGCGGCCCUCGGAUAGGCACGAGACUACGAUCCACUCACGAUGGUGUUGCCGCCGCUCGUUGCCGCUUGGGCACACGCCGCGCACAGCAAUCCCAGCUGGUUACGCGGACCACUAGCAGAUUACCUAGCCUCUGGCGGCGAUCCCGACGACGUCGACGAGAACGGGAAGCCCCUACUCCACAUCGCAGUGGGUACUCAUAGCGGAUCUCACGAGGUAUACCACAUGGUCCGCGCGGUCCUCGCCGCGGGACCGCGAAACGUCGACAUCCGCUGGGAGGGCCUCACGCCCCUCCACAUCGCAAUUACGAACUAUGCGGCGAAGGUUAAUGUCGUCACCGCACUCCUGGAGGCGGGAGCUUCUGUCGAUGCGCGGUCAUCCGUGACAGCAGGUUUACCACAUUUCGGCUACCAUACUCCGGUCGGGUCCACUCCACUGAUGCUCGCCGUCACGGUCACGCCCGUUGUUGGAACAAUGGACCAUUGUGUUCGGAUAUUAUUGAGUCACGGAGCCCGCCUCGACCUUCGCCGCAAUGGUGAAGACCUGGAAUCGAUCGCGCGGCGGGCGCAUGACGACCGGGUUUCGCAGAUGGCAUCAACCAGUCAAGGACAUGAAAACUGGGAUUUAUGGUUGCGCAACAAGCGCUUGCGCUUCGCCACUAGCAUGGCGCUCCUGGCCGACGUUCGCGCGGCGGGCGGCACAUGGGCAGGCUAUCGGCACGCGCCGCGGCUCCAGCUGGACGUGCUCCGGGAACUCUGCGCCCGGGAUCGCGCGGUGCCGCCGUCGACACUGGCUCGCACUCGUCGGCGCCGCCCGGGACAGCUCCUCGCGCGCCUCUUUGGUGACCUCCCCACGGACGGACGGGCAGGCGUGAUUCUGGAGGGUGGUCGCGAGGAGGGC